AUGUCCAACAACUUAAGAGGAUGGGAGUCUGAAAUAAACUUAAGAAAAAAUCAAACAAAGAAUUGCAAAGUUCUUGCAUCAGCUGAAGCCGAGCAAGUUCCAACCUUUGAAAAUACGUACAUCGAAUUAAUAAGAAUGAUACAAACAAUUAUUAUCGAUGAAAAAAAUUUAACAUCUACACGAUCUUGUAACAGCGGGUGUAACCUUGAACGAAUUGCAAAUGACAUUAGCAACGAGACAGAGUGUCAAGAAUUUCUCGAUUGUAAAGAAUUGUCUGCGUAUUAUUAUGUCUUUGAAAUGGACAAUGAUGUCAGACGUUACGAGUGGUUUGAAGACUCCUAUGGACAUACUUAUGGCAACAAAAAUGAUGACACUUGUCACGGGAAUGUGAAACUUUUAUCUAGUUACUUUGAAGGACCUUUCUUGGACUAUUGUGUUUAUUGUGUAUGCACUUGUAAAAGUAAGCCAAAACGUGCACUAAAUAUAUUACAAGCAGAAGUUUUACCGCAUGGAAAAACCAUUAAUGCAACAUGGAAACCGGUUGAAAAUUUUUAUUACAACGAGACAAUUAAAAACUAUUACAUCAUCAAUGACGAUAAGUCAUCGAUUGAAUUACGUUCGGGAAUCGAUUACGGAGAAGCGAACAUCAUGAAUUUAAAUGAUGUGAUGUGUUCCAAAGAUGAAGUGGUUACAGGCGUUAGAAUGAGAUUUGCUAGAGACUCGUUGGAUACAUCGAAUUCAACCGAAGCUGCCAUGGAGCUACAAAUUCAAACUACUCGAUUAGAUUUCAAUACAGGGAAACUUAUGGUCGAUAUCGAUGAACCUCAUUAUUUGGAUAACUCCGAAAAAUCAAUUGAUCAAGUUUGUAUUUUUCUCAUUGAAUUUGUACUCCGCAAUCGAGGAAAUCCCAGGAAUUCACCAGAAACUGAUUUUGUACUAACAACUAAUAAAUCUGUCAAGUUUUAUAGAUCCGAUCUCAAGAAAGAUGCCGGUCAGACAACAGUCCCUUUCUUUGACAGUCGCGAAGUAUUAUUUGAUGAAGGUUUUCCUCUUGAGGGCAUAGGUCUUUUCCAUCGUAGUGACAAAGAAUCCGGUGGAUCUUUUGCUCUCAGAAUUUUUGAUUUUAAUAUGUUCUAA